GGAAGAAGUCUGCACCAGGCGAGAGUGAUGGUGGUGAUUUCAGGACCUCAGCAGAGCGAACGGUCCGGUGAGAUGAUGAUGUCGGCCUCGGAUCUGCAGGAUACAUUCAGAAAACCCGCCUCCAACAACAGCCCAGCGAACGCUCUGGGGGUGCAGGAGUUUGUUGCUGGACACGAGACAGGGCAAAAUGUGACCCACAGGGACGCUCGCACACAAUGUCUCAUCCGGGCGACCGUCCCUGGAAACCGGUCGCACAGCAAGUUUAGGCGUUACUCUGUGUCUAUGCAGUUCCCGGAGGUUGUUCCGUUGAAUGUGGGCGGUAUGUAUUUCACGACGCGACUGUCUACCCUGAGGCGCUAUGAGGACACGAUGCUCGCGGCCAUGUUCAGCGGCCGACACCGAAUUCCUAAAGACGCAGACGGACGUUUCUUCAUCGACCGAGACGGGGCCUCCUUUGGAGACAUUCUUAACUUCCUGCGAAGCGGUGACCUUCCGCAGCGCGAGCGAGUCAGAGCCGUGUACAAGGAGGCUCAAUACUACGCCAUCGGCCCGCUCAUCGAGUGUCUGGACGAGAUGCAGCCUUUGGCCAGUGAAAAAGUCAGAAAAGCUUUUUUGGAUUUGCUGCCGUAUUACAAAGAGAAUCUGGAGAGAAUCAUUGAAAUCGCCAAACAGAGAGCAGUGCAGAGGAAAGCCCGGUUCGCCAAGCUGAAGAUCUGCGUGUACAAGGAGGAGAUGCCUGUCACGCCUUACGAGAGGCCGCUGUAUAACUCGCUGCGUUUCGACCGGAGCGAGAGCGAGACCAAACUAUUUGAGCACCACUGCGAGGUGGACGUGUCGUUCGGCCCGUGGGAAGCCAUCGCAGACGUUUACGACCUGCUGCACUGCAUCGUGACGGACCUGGGCAACCGGGGCAUCACCGUGGAUCACCAGUGCAUCGGUGUCUGUGACAAGCAUCUCGUCAACCAUUAUUACUGCAAGCGCCCCAUCUACGAAUUCAAAAUUACCUGGUGGUAA